GAGCAGAGAGAGAGAGAGAGAGAGUGUGAGCAUAGCUAUAAAACAGACUCCAACCAGCUCAGUAGCAGACAGUUGUGCAGGACAAAGCACCUCUCCUAUGUAAGGCUCUGCAAAGUACUGAUAAACAGGACAGGGAGUUUUAAUAGAUUUUCCUGGAAAAUAAAUUCUGGAUCAAAAUAGCAGAGAUGACGAAAAUGUUCAGAUGCCCCGUCUUUCCUCAUCUGCAGGAUCCGUGUGACCCUGGUCUAUCGCUGUCACCAGGAAGGAGUGUCAUGGCGGAGCCCGACUACCUGGAGGGAGACUGUGAUGAGCUCAUCAAACCCAAGAAGUUAAACAACCCAGUCAAGAGCUCCCGUAACCACCAGGACCUGCACCGAGAGCUGCUCAUGAACCAGAAGAGGGGUCUGGCUCCUCAGAACAAACCCGAGCUCCAGAAGGUUAUGGAGAAGAGAAAGAGGGAGCAAGUUCUCAAGGCUCAGAAGGAGGAGCAGGAGGCCCACAAGAAGAGGAGCGACCUAGAGAUAGAGCUCAUGAAAAGACAACAGAAACUAGAGCAGCUGGAGCUGGAUCAACAGAAAAAUGAGGAGGAACAGGAGAACACCCCCGAGUUUGUGAAGAUGAAGAGCAACCUGCGCAGGACCAAGCAGGAGAGCGACGGGGAGGAACGGACCACCUAAAAACCAGCAGGGUGUCUGGGUCUGGCUGAUUGUGCGCGUGUUUGUGGGAACGGAGACAUAAGGAGUGUGUACAAAAGAGAGAGUGUGUUGUCUGUGGUGCACGGUGCUGACCUGACUGUGGUCCGAGAUGAACUUCCUGCCUUCCCCAACCUAGCUGUUCCAUCCCGCAGUGAGGAGAGAGACUUUACAGACUAAGACCCCCUCUGUUUGCCUGCCACGGACUGCCAGCACUUGCCUCUACUGCCCACACCCAUCAGGCAGCACACAGCACCCCCUGCAGGAGGGACCUAACACAGACAUGUUACAUGUUAAAUGCCUUUCAACGAGGGCGAGCAAGCUUCCAUUGAGCUCUGAUGAAGAAACAACCAAACACACACACACACACACACACACACACACACACACACACACACACACACACACACACACACACACACAAGUUUUCAUCCCAUUUCUUUUCACUCCUCUCUCAGCAAGCUGUCGUUUCUCUUUACUGUUAUCAAUGUUGUCGUUGUUGUUUUUUUUGUUCUCAUCUUCAGAAUCAAAUAAGGAAAAGUGGACACUGGAUGGACUCUUGAAGCUGUGUAAUGUAAAAGCCAAACAAAUGUGCUUUUGUUAUUUAUGUUUGUAGCUUUUAGCCCAAGUAUAGGGAAGGACGCUUUUUAGUCGUUCUGUAUUUUAGUUUGUUUUACAGCAUAGUUUAUGAAGCCAGAACAGGACAAAGGGAGUGUAUGGUUGUAUGAAACACUCAUGUUUGCUUUAUUAUUAUUUUUUUAAAUUCUAAACAUGCCAUUUCCUCAGCUAAUGCAAUUUGGAGCAAUAGUAGAACUCCCAGGCAUGAGAGUGACCUUUUCUUUAUAUAUUCUGUUGUUUUGUAUAAAUAAAAGUGUUACUACUAAUUUAAGUUUUUGUUAGGGUGGUCAAUAAGAAUAAGCCCUGAGCCAUGUCUGAUCAGUCUUUGUGUAUUUUUAUGAACAAAAGACUUACAGCUCCAGGUAGAAAGCUUACACAUGUAGGCGAC